AUGGCGUCGGCGAUAUCUUUUGCGGAUGGAAACUCGGGACUGCAGGCCGGCAUGAUCCAUGGCGCGGUUAGUACCACAUUUCACCAGCACCAUUACGCUACUCCGGAACGACCCGAAACACCACCGAAGCCAUCGAUAAUCAUACCCUUCGCUCGAGACAAGGACUUUGUGCGACCAGGUACCAUAUUGGACCAAGUGCAAGAGGCGUGUGCCAAACCUGAUGCGCGAGUUGCGCUGGUGGGCCUAGGCGGGAUCGGCAAGUCUCAGAUUGCUAUCGAAUAUGCCUACCAGGUGCGAGACCGAUCGCCAGACACGUGGGUAUUCUGGGUGCAUGCGAGUAACGCAGCCCGCUACGAGCAGAGUAUCCGUGACAUCGCCGAUCACGUCAAGAUAACUGGGCGACAAGAUCCCCAAUGCAAUAUCUUUCAGCUGUUGUGUAAUUGGCUGCGUAGUGAUAAGAGUGGGAAAUGGACCAUUAUACUCGACAACGUCGACGACGCGGGAUUCCUGGUGGCAGCUCCAAGCCAAAGUCCAGACGUGCAAUCGGACUCUCGAGACAAUGUGGCAUCCAGUACAAGUCCGUCCGCAGCACCUCUUAUAUCCUACCUUCCUCAUUCCUCAUCGGGAUCAAUCCUCAUCACAAGCCGCUAUAGGGAUACGGCGCAAUCCAUAGUCGAGGACCACGACAUCGUGGCAGUCGAGCCCAUGAGCCAGCAAGAUGCAGUAGCGCUUGUCCAGCAAAAGCUUGAGGAUCUCAAUGACCAAGAGGAUACCACCACGAACGCUGGUGAACUUGUAUCAGCACUCGAGUAUAUGCCACUCGCAAUCGUCCAAGCCACAUCAUAUAUUCGACAUAGAGCCCCGCGAUGUUCACUGAAGCAAUAUAUCAAGAAGCUUCAGGAGAGCGAAGAAAAGAAAAUGGGCCUACUUGACGAAGACGGCGGAAGGCUUCGACGAGAUAGCGAGGCCAAUAACUCAAUCAUUUUGACGUGGCAGAUAUCCUUCGAUCACCUCUACGAGAAUGAACCUCGCGCAGCCGACUUAUUAUCCCUGAUGAGCUUCUGCGACCGUCAAGGUAUUCCAGACAGUCUACUACGAGGUCCGGGCAAACAUCUGAGUCGUGUGAAGAUGAAAGAAGGAGAAAGUGAGGAACGAAAAUCUCAGCAGGAAGAGACGUCGAUUCAUCGUCCAAAACUCAAACAUUGGUGCUGCAUUUGGCCAGCCUGUUUGGAUCGCAAUCGGGAAUCCCGCCAAUGCAAGACUCAGCAGGAGAACGAAACCCGGGAACACACCAAAACAUCUUCUGAUCACCGAGACUUAAGCUUCAAAUCUGAUGAGGACUUUGAAGAAGCCAUAUCGUCUCUGCGAGAUUAUUCUUUCAUCUCCAGCAAUAAAAAUGGAACCUCUUUAGAGAUGCACCGUCUUGUGCAGUUAUCAAUGCGAAGGUGGUUAGAGACGCAAGGCCGGAAGGAGGAAUGGCAGCAAAACUUUGUCAACCGUCUUUGUUCCCAUCUUCCCGAUGGAGAGUACAAGAAUUGGCCAGUAUGGAAAAUUCUUUUUCCCCAUGCGAAAGCUGCAGCAAGGUUAUGGUCGGAGGAAGACACAUCACCAAUAGCGUUAGCUACGAUCCUUCACCAGGCAUCUGGGUACCUAUACAAGAUCUGCGCAUUCAACGAGGCGGAGCAGAUGUCGAUGGCCGCACUAGAUAUCAGAAUCAAGCUGCUUGGCCGGGAGCACAAAGACAGCUUAUUCGCGAUGAACACUCUUGGUCUAAUACGUAUCUCUCAAGGCAGGCUUGAGGAAGCUGAAGAGUUGCAAACCGAAGUGGUUAGGAUUCUUAACGCAAAAGGCCGGGUGACUGAUCUUGCUACAACAAUAGCCAUGAAUAAUUUGGCCAUGCUAUUUGCCGACCGAGGUCUGUAUGAAGACGCCGAAAAGAUCUUGACAGAAAUCAUAAUGGUCGCGAGAGAGUUUGGUCGCACUGAUUCUACUCAUACACGAGUUUUCAUACGUAAUCUGUCGAAAAUACACCUUUCUCAAGGCCGCUUGGAUGACGCUGAAAAAUUUCUCAUGAAAGCAAUAGAGGACCAGAAAGCCUCGUCCGGCAUCACUGACAUCCAUACGCUUGUGGAUGAAAGCCUUUUGAUGUCAGUAUACAACAGUCAAGGUCAUCAUCAAAAGGCAGAAAGGUUAGGAGUUGAGUCGGUGGAAAAUUGCAAAGAGAAAUUAGGCGUUCGUCACUUUACUACGCUGAAUUGCAUGCUCGAACUAGCAUUGGCACAUCUCAGUCAAGGCCACCUAGACGAGGCUGAAAGGCUAGCAUUGGAAACAUUGAAUGCUCACCGCAGUCGAUCCGGCGCCGAUCAUCCCAACACGUUGCGAAGCUCAAUGGUAGUGGCCAGGAUAUAUUGUGCGCAAGGUCAGACGGAAAUCGCUGAAAAGUUGGCACUAGAUGUCAUGGAAACUUGGAAGGCAAGAUCAGGCGCCCAGCAUCCUGGUACGUUAUUUGCUAUGCGCCACCUCGCGUCUAUAUGGUACGAGCGUGGAUAUCAUGUGAAGGCAAAAUCACUUCUGAGGACCUGCUUACGGUCUACAACAGAGGCUUCGGGGAGCCCGAACUUGCAAACGAUUCUGAUUGCCAAACAAUUGUCGGCUUGGGAAGCCCAAUCUGUCAGUGCAAGUUCAGAUUUAUCUGAUUGA